AUGGAGAUAUGGCCUGUAUCUACUAACCCCACAGCUGCACCACUAGAAAUAAAAAGCAUGCCUGGCAGGCCAGGUAAACUUAGAAGGAAUGAAGUUGGUGAAAGUAAAAAUAUUGGAAAGCUAACUAGAACUGGAUUCGCCAUGACACGUAGUAACUGUAAUGUUAGAGGCCACAACAAGAGAGGAUGUUCACAAAGGGUUGAGUCAUCAACAAGGGAAGAACCAUUAAAUACAGACAAGGGAAAGGGCAAAACUUCAGGUUUAGGUAGACCAAAGAAAGCAAAAACAGAAGGUGAGCAUUCUACAAAGAGGUCAAGACGAAGACCACCUGCAACACCUAGUGCAUCUCCAGGACCUGCAAAGAGGUCAAGAGAAAGACCACCUGCAACACCUAGUGCAUCUGCAACACCUGCAAAAAGUGCAAGAGAAAGACCACCUGCAACACCUAGUACAUCUACAACACCUACAAAAGGUGCAAGAAGAAGACCACUUAUUGCACCUGCAACACCUAAUGCAUCUGCAACACCUAGUGCAUCUGCAGCACCUAUAAAUAGUGCAAGAGGAAGACCACCUGCAGCACCUAGUGCACCUCCUACAUGUCCAUCACCUGCUAAUUACCAUGAAGAGGAAGGGGUAGGGGAAGCACAACCUCAUAUAAAAGGCAAGCAGUCAUUGGAAUGA